UUUUUCUAGGUACUGAUUUAAUCAUAACCCAGUAAAAAAUCCCUGCUGCUAGCACAAGAUAAUCUCAUUAACUACACGAAAGGAAUCAUCUUCAACCAAGGCAUUCCGCAUUCUCUGGAAUGGAGGUUUCAAAGAUGACAUUUUCACAGAGAUUGAGUUACCAGAGAUGACAGAAAACGUCACAUCAGUAAGACAUAAUGUAAUAAAUAUGUGUGUCUUCUUAAAGCAUGGUUUAAACUUAUAAAUUUCUCUAUUUUCUUGUUGAAGAGCUUUCGGAAUUAACAUCCUCUCAGCACAGUCAAACUGAAUUGGCAUGGAAUGUUCAUCUUAGAUAAUAAGAUCUAAUGGAUUCUGUCGGAAAAGCAGGCCGUCUAAAUAGGCCUAGCUCAAGAAUAAGGCGACAGAGAAGCCAUGAGUGGAAAGACUACAGUUCUUCUGACAAUGACGAGGAUCUGGAAAAGCAGGCAUAUAGAUAUGAAGAAAGACAAUAUGAUGAACCUUCAAGGAACAAUCAAGACCUCAGAAAAGAUGAUUCUGGUGCAGAGAGACAUAAUUCUCCUACGGUUAUUACUUCCAAUAAAGGGACCCCCAAUCAAUAUCCUGGGUACAAUUCUUUGCCAAGGCCAGGGCACGGGGGUCCACUUCAAGGGGCCACAGUAGCCCAGAGCGAAGUCGAGGUUGUCAACAAUCCUGCUCCGAAUCAACAAGUUACACCCCUGCAAAGAGACGGAAGCAUGAGAGGCAAUUCGGGGAACGGCGGAAGCUCUCGGGGUCGUAUGUAUCUGUCACUUCAUCGAGGCCCUUCAUCGUCCUCCACAUCAGAUAAUAAUUCUGAUGCUACAUGUACAGAUUCCGAACCAAUCACGAGAAGAGGAGGCAAUCCAUCGUUGGAAGCUCAAAACAGUAAGUUUCGCCUUGCAUUGCAUACAGCAGAUUUUGCAUAA